AUGAUACUUACUAUCUUUCUUCUUGCGAUUACUCUAUGUCUAAUCUUUGGAUAUAUAUGUAUUCUGAAAUCUCGUUGUAAUUAUUUCAAACAACGUGGUUUACCAGGUCCAUCACCAGUUUUAUUCUUUGGUCAUUAUCGUAUUCUCUGGUCACUUCCUAAUCUAAGUGAACAAUUACGACAAUGGACACAACAAUAUGGCUCGAUUUAUGGAUUAUUAGAAGGAACACGUCCAAUGUAUGUGGUUUCUGAUGUAAAUUUUCUUCAAGAAGUUUUUAUCAAACAAUUUGCAUCAUUUAAUACACGUUCUAUUCCAUUUCUUAUGAAGAAAGUGAAAGGAAAUCAAGUUCAUAUGUUUGGUGCAAGUGGAUCAACAUGGCAUCGACAACGACAUAUCAUUAAUCCAACAUUUUCUACAGCUAAACUUAAGUUAAUGCCAUCUUCAAUCCAUGAUUGUAUUGAAUCGCUGAUGAAUAAAUUGAAAACUCUAGAUGAAAAAGGAGAACAAUUUAAUAUUUAUGAAAUGUAUAGACGAUUAACUAUGGAUGUUAUUUGUCGUUGUGCUUUCGGAAUAAAUAUGGAUAUGCAAAAUGAUAUAAAUAAUAUUUUGAUGCGAAAAUGUAAAUUAGCAAUUGAUGAUAAUCCCGAGAGAUUGUUUUUAACUAAACUAGGCAAUCUGUUACCAUUUCUUAUUCCAAUUCUUCACUAUGUCAUGAUCGGACACAUGCUAUUAGGUGCAUUUAGUCGUGCAAUUGGAUCAAUGUGGUUUUUACCUAAAAUCGAAGAACUUCCAGCAUUAUGGAUACUCAAUCAAAUUGGAAGUAUUAUUAAUACCAGACGACAAGUGAAAUGCGAUGAUAAACUUCGUCAAGUUGAUUUACUUCAAUUAAUGCUCAAUGCAACGAUAUCUGAUGAUAUUAAAAUAACAGAUGAUUUGAAUGAUAAAUCGAUAGCAUCAAAACAAUUACAUAAAGAAGAAGUAAUCGCCAAUAUGUUAUUGUUCAUGAUUGCUGGUUAUGAUUCAGUUUCAACAGUAUUAGCUUCAUGUACUUACGUAUUAGCUACUAAGAAUAAUAUACAAGAAAAACUUCGAGCUGAAAUUGAUGAACAAGAAUGGAAUGAUGAUAAUCAACUCAGUUAUGAUAUUAUUAUGAAUAUGUCUUAUAUGGAUAUAUUCUUACGAGAAGUUCUUCGAAUGUAUCCAAUCGCUAUAGCAGCUACGAAAAGAGAAUGUAAUAUGACAACCAUUGUUAAUGGUCAUAAGAUUGAAAAAGGUGUUGUUAUUCAACCUGAUGUUCUUAGUAUUCAUUAUGAUCGUAAUUUAUGGGGCCCAGAAGAUCCGAAUCUUUUCAUCCCCGAACGUCAUCAUACGAAACGACAUCCAAUGGCUUACCUGUCGUUCGGUGCUGGUCCUCGGGGUUGUGUCGGCGUACGUUUUGCUUUUAUGGAAUUAAAACUAUGUUUGUCUCAAUUACUUCGAAAUUAUAGAAUAUUACCUGGAGAUAAUAUCGAACAAGGAUUCAAACAUCAAGAGACAUUUCUCAUUCAACCUAAUGCUGUCUAUAUUAAACUUGAAAAACGAUGA